AUGGGAAGCAAGAGACCAAGAAGAUCGUACUCAUUGCCAUCCGACUCCUCACCUCCGGAGACCCAGUUCGUCUCCCAGUCAGACGAUGCCGACAACUUGUGGGAGGUAUCAGAAAUAUUGGAUGAAAGAGGACCAUCCAAGACAGGAGACUAUCUGAUUCAGUGGAAAGGGAAAGAUCCUGAUACUGGGAAGCCCUGGACACCAUCGUGGACGAAGAAAAAGAACUGUACAAACGAUCUGGUACUUGAGUGGAAAGCGAAGAGAGCCAACAUGGAGGUAGAGGAGAGUAAGGUGAAAGAAGAAAAAUCAGGAAGCAAGAAGAGGCAGAUGAAAGAAGAGAAAUCGGGAAGCAAAAAGAGGAAGAUGGACCACAAGAAAAAAGGCGAACCGUCGGUGACAUUCGAGGUGAACUCUCGCAGUAGCAGAAGCCGAACUAGGUCUACUCCUGCACGAAGUCCUCUCAAGUCAACCAAUGCUCAGAUCACUAGGAUCAAUUCCAAUACCUCUGCUCUCACUGCCCUGUCUUCUGAAUUGACCUCUCUACCUACGACACCCAGUCGAUCUACCGAAAAUAUCAACCGUCCAAUUGCGGCUCAUAUUCCUCCCGAAGAACCUGAAGAUGAUUCCGCGGUAGUUUCUCAACGCAAAACUCGGUCUGCGAAUGACAAGAGGACUGUCGAAUCUCAUACGUCAUCGGACGAGAGUACUGCCGGUCCUGGUCCUUCUACGGCUGCUAAUCGGUCUCGACGAACGCUUCGAGGAUCAUCAUCCAGAAGGAGUACCGGCAAACAGAUAGUCACUGCACCUCAGAAGGAUCGUCACAUGGUUGUUCAGCCAAGUCAGGCAUCUGUCUCGUACGGUGGUUCGGGCUCCAUCAAUCAGUCUCAACUAGAUCCCAUCCAACAAUUUUCUUCUCCUAGAUCAUCAACCAGAACAUAUGGCAAGCGAGAUCGAUCUGCCGCUUCAGUUCACGCGGACGAUUCGGGAACCGAAUCCGAUGGAGUUCGAGUGGUUCUAAAAUCGCAUAAGACCAUACGGAGGGACGGUGAAGAAGGGGUCAGAUUGGAUGGAGACAGUUCGAAUGACGAUACGGCGUCGGCCAAGGACGGGUCAUCUGAGCCAAGUAUACACGAUGAGGACUUGGACGAUCUGGAUUCAAAUGCUGGAGAAGGUGUAGGAGGCGAUAGGCCUGAGAAAGCGGAUGUGAAUCAGUCUCAAUCAUUCAACGACAAUCAAUCCACUCCAGUCGACCAACCCCCAAAUGCAGCCCCUGCCGCAGAGCCAUUCAUACAUCCCGAUACACUUGCGUUAGAAAAGGCUCAAGAACUUAUAGCAAAAUUACAAGCUGAUUUGGAGCAAGCCUCCAGACCUCGAUCUCAUCCCGAUACUUUGGCCCUCGCAGAAGCCAAAUCGAGAAUAGUUGAGUUGGAACUCCAACUCCAAUCACAUCUUUCACAGCCAUCACACCCACGACAUCCCACUCCACCCAACUCUGACCCUCGCGUGGCCGAAUUAGAAGCUGAGGUCGAACGAUUGAACCAAAACAAAAGAGCGCUUAUGGAAGAUACACAGUUCUUAAGAAAACAAUACGCGGAAGCUUCGAAUCGAGCCGUCACAGAAUGCCAAUUAAGUGAGAAAUAUCAAGCCCAAAUCAAAACUCUCAAAUCACAACUGUCAGUUGGCUUAAAACAACAGAGACUACACUCGGAGGCCACGCAGAACAUGCGAGAGAGAGAAAUAGAUAAAUUGCGUUCUCAGCUGGAGAUGCUGUUGAGUCAAUCUCGAAGAACCGAUGAUGAUGUUAGGAAAAGAGCUGCUGCUUAUACCGCCACCAAGAGAGAGUACGAGGAAUUAUCGAGACAAUUCGUCGCGAGGGGUAGAGAGAUUGAUAGCCUGACGAAGAAGGUGAAUACAAUGUCUGAAAGGAAUGAAGAGCUUGUGGAUCAAUUGAAGGUGAUAAGAGCGAUGAAAAUGGGUGUGAUACCUGACGAAGACGAGGAUGAAGAUGAUCAGGAAACGGACUCUUCCGACGAAUAUGAUGAUCCGAGACCAAAAGCUGGAACUGGAAGUAGAUCAAGGAGAAUCGAUUCGUCGCCGCACCAACGCGAUGUCUUUCAAGCUUCGACUCCGGCGAGAGAAAGUACUACGGCUCCAACAUCCGGCUACGCUUGUGCGUGGAGGGACGGCGAUAGAGUCUGCCGAGUAGUCUGUGAGACUGUUGAGGUAAAUUUAUAA